AUUGGGCAGUGAAGAAAUUGCCAUGGCGGUUUUUCCUAUGCCCAAAUCUGUCAUAUUUUACAUGUUUGAUGUUAAAGUUGGAAGUUGUGGAAGGAUCAAACUUCAUACCUUUUACCUUUUUACAGGAAAUAAACAAGGAAACCUGCUUGCGUUCCAGCAAUGGCAGUCUCAUCCCAGCUCUCAAUAUUUUCACUUUUGCUUUGGAGUUUUUCAAGACACAUGCUCUCCAAGAGCUAAGUGAUCUGUCAGGUACUCGCAUGCUUAACGAGGACAUCAGGUGGGUGAUCACAGUACCUGCCAUAUGGAGAGCACAGGCCAAACAGUUCAUGAGGCAGGCUGCAUACAAGGCAGGAAUCGCUUCUGAGGAUUGCCCUACUCAGCUGCUGAUUGCCUUAGAACCCGAAGCUGCGUCUGUGUGCUGCAGGAAGCUCCGCAUGCACCAGAUGGUCCCCGACCCCCGAUCAUCACCACUGCCUCUGAUGGUACCAAGGCGAGCCACCAGCCAACCCAAAAACCUUGACCAUGCCUUACCAGAUAUAAAGGAAGAUCCUAACACCAAAGCUUCCGAGUCAGUAUCACUGUCAGGUUUUCCUCAAACAAAGGAAUCUGAUCUUACCAAAGGUACCCGCUACAUGGUGGUAGACUGUGGAGGUGGGACUGUAGACAUAACAGUGCAUGAAAUCCAGGACAACAGGGGGAGGCUGCGGGAGCUGUACAAGGCCACAGGGGGACCAUAUGGAUCUGUGGGUGUGGACAUUGAGUUUGAGAACCUGUUGUGUGGGAUUUUCGGCACAGAUUUUAUCCAGCACUUUCAGCAGAAGAGACCUGCAGGGUGGGAUGACUUAAUGAUUGCGUUUGAAUCUCGUAAACGGUCAGCAUGUCCGGACAAACCUAACUCCCUCAAUGUGUCACUACCGUUUUCAUUCAUAGACCUGUAUAAGAAAUCAAAGGGUGGUCAGGUAGAGAGUGCAGUGAGGAAGUAUGGUGACCCCAACAUACGCUGGUCCUCCCAGGGCAUGUUACGCCUUGCCCCAGAGGCAAUGAGGAGGCUGUUUCUCCCCACCCUCAACCGAAUCAAGCAGACCAUCGGGGACAUCAUGAACAACCCAGAUGCCAGAGGCCUGAGUUACCUGUUCUUGGUCGGAGGAUUUGCCGAGUCCAGAAUCCUACAGAGUGAAAUCCGAAAGGAGUUUGGGCACAUAGUACGAGUUAUCAUACCACAGGGCGUAUCGCUGGCCAUAUUAGAAGGUGCUGUUCUCUUCGGGUGGGACCCAUCAGUGGUUAACAUUCGCCGCUCACGGCUGACCUAUGGGAUUGGAGUCCUCAACCGGUUUGAUCCAACGAAACACCCGGAGGAGAAAAAGCUAAGUAAGAAUGGAGUUGAUUGGUGCACGGAUGUGUUUGAGUGUUUCGUCAAGAUCAACCAGGAGGUGUCUCUGGGAGACACAGUGUUGAGAAGUUACACACCCGCCAGACCAGGCCAGCGCUCAACCAUCAUCAAUAUCUUCUGCUCUGAGCGACCUGAUGUUAGAUUCGUGACAGAUGAUGGAGUGCGGCGUUGUGGAACACUCUGUCUAGAUUUAACAGACAGCCAGUACCAGCCUAUGCCAAACAGACGAGAAAUUCAAACAAGGAUGUUCUUCGGUGACACAGAGAUCAAAGUUACAGCCCUUGAUGUGGCGACGGGAAAGUUUGUGCGAGCAGGAAUUGAUUUCCUUAGCAAAUAAACGGCAAUCAUUUGUUACAAAAUUCAUUCAGUUUGCAGCUUUAUGAUAUCACAGGAUUUGGACAAAAUAAUA